AUGGCUCCGAUAGCGGACAGCCGUCAGCAGUUCGAUGAAAUUCCUACAGUGGUUGGGAUCUUUAGUGCAUUUGGCCUUGUCUUCUCUGUCUCCCUCUUUGCUUGGAUCUGCUGCCAACGCAAAUCUUCCAAGUCCAAUAAGACCCCUCCAUACAAGUUUGUCCAUGUUCUGAAGGGGGUUGAUAUUUACCCUGAGAAUCUCAACAGCAAAAAGAAGUUUGGAGCAGAUGAUAAAAGUGAAGGGAAGAACAAGUCAGCAAUGCCAAAGAAUUCCCUCCAUCUUGACCUGGAGAAGAGAGAUCUAAAUGGCAAUUUCCCCAAAACAACCACAAAAAUGCAGGGCUCUCCAGAUCCUGAAAGUUCAUCUCCUAAGCACUUUGCAGAAAGGAAGAAAGAUUCAGUAUCUCCUGACAGCUUAAAAUCUAUCACUUCCCUGUCAUCUGAAGAUAAACAAGACAAGUUAGGAACUCUCUUUUUCUCCUUAGAGUACAAUUUUGAGAAAAAAGCAUUUGUAGUGAACAUCAAAGAAGCUCGUGGGCUGCCAGCUAUGGAUGAACAGUCAAUGACUUCUGAUCCCUACAUCAAAAUGACAAUCCUACCUGAGAAAAAGCACAAGGUGAAAACCAGAGUGCUGAGAAAAACCUUAGAUCCAGCUUUCGAUGAGACUUUCACAUUUUACGGGAUCCCCUACAGCCAAAUUCAAGACUUAACACUUCACUUCAUGGUCUUGAGCUUUGACAGAUUUUCCAGGGAUGAUGUCAUUGGAGAAGUCCUCAUCCCCCUCGCUGGAAUUGAACUCUCAGAAGGAAGGCUGCUAAUGGACAGAGAGAUCAUCAAAAGAAAUGUUAGGAAAUCAUCUGGACGUGGAGAAUUACUGGUCUCUCUCUGUUAUCAAUCUACAACAAACACACUCACUGUCGUUGUUCUAAAAGCCAGACAUCUACCUAAAUCUGAUGUGUCAGGAUUAUCAGACCCUUACGUCAAAGUGAACCUGUAUCAUGCCAAGAAAAGAAUUUCUAAAAAGAAAACCCAUGUGAAGAAGUGUACUCCCAACGCAGUGUUCAAUGAAUUGUUUGUUUUUGACAUUCCUUGUGAGGGCCUUGAUGAUAUCAGCAUUGAAUUUCUGGUUUUAGAUUCAGAUAGAGGGUCAAGGAAUGAGGUCAUUGGCCGGUUAACCUUGGGAUCUUCAGCAGAAGGAACAGGUGGAGAGCACUGGAAGGAAAUUUGUGAAUAUCCCAGGAGACAAAUUGCCAAAUGGCAUAUGUUAUGUGAUGGUUAG